CGAAUCACAAUGUCCAAUCUUCCAAAAUAAUUAAACGUUUCGAACAUUCGAGUAAACACUCACACAAGUCGUAUAUGGUAAUGGUAUAUUCUCUGGAUGCCUCUUCUAAGUUGUAAUCAUUCUUGCAUUUCGAUUGAGCAUGCAACUCCAACUCCAACUCCAACCAAAGUUGUCAUCUUUCUGAGCUAAUGGAUUCUCUCACUCUAAAUCUAAUUGCCUCUCCUUUCAAAGGCUCAACCUUUCUCACUAUUUCCAAUUCUAAUUCCAAAAGAUUCAACAAAGCUUCCAUCUCCGUUAAAAACUCUCUAAACCCCCAAAAUCCCAAUUCAAUAUGGGGUCAUUGCGGUUUCCCCGCUAGACCCCUUUCAUAUCUAAUACCCCUUUUGAAAAAAGUCACGGCCUUGGCCACGAAACCAUCGCCGCAAAAAUGGGGCUCCGACUUCGAAGAAGCGAAGCUUCUGCAGAAUGGGACAUUUGGGACUGCGCUGAUGAGCGUGACGGCGACGGCCAAGGUCAAAAUAAGUCCUUUCGUGGCUACACUAGCGGCGAAUCCUACCUUCGUGUCGGCGUUGUGCGCUUGGGCUGUUGCGCAGUCGACCAAGGUUUUCUUGAAUUUCUGUGUGGAGAGGAAGUGGGAUUUCAGGAUUAUGUUCUCUUGCGGCGGGAUGCCUUCGUCGCAUUCUGCAUUGUGCACUGCGCUGACUGCUUCUGUUGCAAUCUGCCAUGGAGUUGCUGAUUCUUUGUUCCCAGUUUGUCUGGGCUUCACUUUGAUUGUGAUGUAUGAUGCUAUUGGUGUCAGGCGCCACGCCGGUAUGCAAGCUCAGGUUCUGAAUGUGAUAGUCGAGGACUUGUUCCAAGGGCACCCGAUAAGCCAAAGAAAGCUGAAGGAGCUUCUUGGUCACACCCCGUCCCAGGUCUUUGCUGGAGCUCUACUAGGCAUCCUCGUAGCUUGGAGGUGUAGUCAGGUUUGUGCGUUUCCAGCCUCUUAGGAUGUCACAUCGGACAUAUAGUUGCUCUACUAGGAGAAUCCAGGAUUUCAAUGUUUACAUCUUGUAAACAUUCUGAUUUUGGCAUAUGAUUUUUUGAGGUUUCUAACUACAUACAAACACUCUGUUUCUGCUACAUGCUUUACUUGCCUCUGUUAAAAUAGUGUGAUUGUAAUAUAUUUUGCUUGCUUCGCUCCA